GACGCGCCACUCAUGGAGAUCUCCGGCCUCUUCCUCAUGUCCUUAGUCCUCCUUAGCCGCGACGCCUUCGGAAGUACCGAAGGAGAGUCGGGCCGAAAGACCACCCGGGAAGAUGCUGUCGAAAUGCCAUCUUCAGAAGGCGAAAGGGAAGUCUUGACCCCGUUGGGGCCAAGAUCAUGGCUGCCGGAGCAGAGGAAACGGUCACUCUUUAUAGAAAGUCAAGGACAUAUCCAGCGGAAACAAGGAUCACCGGUCGCCGAGACGCCAGGAGACGGCGCCAGGGUCCCCGUGUUUCCUCAGGCUCCUUCGCCAGCUCUAGCUCCGGUUCCAGCCGCUCCGACGCCGCCGCCGCGCUUCUACAUCACCCGACUUGCGCCGGUGUUCAGGUCGUCGCAGUUCGUGGGCGCUCCGGGCGGCGUCAACGGCCUGUAUUCGCCCCCGACUACAGAACCUCACAAUGGAAUAGGAGGGGGAGCUGCAGUGUUUUCAAGCCCGGUAGCCGAUGAGUGUAUUAAUAUGUGCGAGUUUCGGAACAACUUUGGAGGCUGUGAUCUUAAUGCUACGUGUUUUUUCAUGAUGAGAGGUUAACUUUUAAUCAAGAUGAAGGAGGAAUCCAACUUUUGACACAAUAUUUUUUCCCAAUUUGCAGAGAUCAUUACAUCUUCGGAGAUGGCGAUGUAAUGACCUAAAUAAAUAUAAUAAUUACA